CUGGUUUAGGGCACAGAAACAACCAACACAAACACGAACAACACUCCCGUUACCUUCUCUCUUUCUCUCUCCUCCUACUUCCCAGCUCCCACGAACCAAAAUCGCCAAAACCUUGAAACAUACCCCAAAAAAAGCCUUUUUUCUUUUUUAAUUUGAGUUUUCUGGAGGUGAUGGCGACGACGUCGGUGGUGCCGGCCAACCGGCGGCGUGCGGCGAACGCUGCGGAGGAGCUGGAGUUCGAGACGACGGAGGGGGUAAAGGCGAUAGCGAGCUUCGAGGAGAUGGGAAUAAAGGACGAUCUGCUCAGAGGGAUCUACCAGUACGGAUUCGAGAAACCCUCCGCAAUCCAACAGCGUGCCGUGACGCCAAUCAUACAGGGCCGUGACGUCAUCGCUCAGGCUCAAUCUGGAACCGGCAAGACCUCCAUGAUUGCACUCACCGUUUGCCAGUUCGUUGAUACCUCCAAGAGAGAAGUCCAGGCCUUAAUAUUGUCUCCAACAAGGGAACUGGCCUCACAGACUGAAAAGGUUAUAUUGGCUAUUGGGGAUUUCAUAAACAUACAAGCACAUGCUUGCAUUGGGGGUAAAAGUGUGGGAGAAGAUAUAAGGAAGCUUGAGUAUGGAGUUCACGUGGUGUCGGGAACUCCUGGUCGUGUCUGUGACAUGAUCAAGAGGAGAACAUUGCGUACAAGAGAUAUAAAGAUGCUAGUUCUUGAUGAAUCUGAUGAAAUGUUGAGCAGAGGGUUUAAAGAUCAGAUUUAUGAUGUGUAUAGAUAUCUCCCCCCAGAUCUUCAGGUUGUCUUGAUUUCUGCUACCCUUCCUCAUGAAAUACUGGAAAUGACAAACAAGUUCAUGACAGAUCCUAUAAGGAUUCUUGUAAAACGUGAUGAGUUGACAUUAGAGGGCAUCAAGCAAUUUUUUGUUGCCGUUGAAAGGGAAGAAUGGAAAUUUGAUACCCUGUGUGAUCUUUAUGAUACACUCACUAUUACUCAAGCUGUUAUAUUCUGCAACACUAAGCGAAAGGUGGAUUGGUUAACUGAGAAAAUGCGUAACAAUAAUUUCACCGUCUCAGCAAUGCAUGGCGACAUGCCACAGAGAGAAAGAGAUGCAAUCAUGGCAGAGUUUCGCUCUGGUACAACUCGUGUACUAAUAACAACAGAUGUUUGGGCUCGUGGCCUUGAUGUGCAGCAGGUUUCUCUAGUUAUCAACUAUGACCUUCCAAAUAAUCGAGAGCUCUACAUUCAUCGAAUUGGCCGAUCUGGACGAUUUGGACGCAAGGGUGUUGCAAUAAAUUUUGUCAAAAGUGAUGACAUCAAGAUCUUGAGAGAUAUUGAGCAAUAUUACAGUACUCAGAUAGAUGAAAUGCCAAUGAAUGUUGCUGAUCUUAUAUAAAGUAUAUAUUUGGCAUUUGAUGUGAUGGGUGGAGUGGAUUUGUCGUAUGUUCUAGCCGUAGGUGAGUAGUUCUGGAUGUGGUUUUGCUCAGGAUUUUUGUGAUAUGCCUGUAAACAUUGGCAUUGGGCCAAUUAAAUAUUUUUCUCCCUUUAAUACAGUGUACUCGACUGUACCAGUAUUCUGGAUGUUGAGCUUUACAAUGCUGGUGCGGUUAACGUGUAAAUUGUGUUGAGUUGCUUUCUCUCAUGUAAGAUUCUGUAAUUUAAUGUUUCCAAAUUCACAUCUGCUAUAAUCUUCUGAGUUAGUUUUAAUGUUUUAACUAAUUUAUGCU